GUUGUUUCACUCGAUCGACACCGGUGCUACUUACUAAUACACACUAUCUAUUGUAACACGUGGUAUGGAGCGCCAUCUAGUAUAUAAAACCAUUUGCAGCCAGUUUAUAUCGACCGUGUGCACAGCGCGGUGAUAGCUGCUUUAGAUGCUGACGGGACAUGUGUCGUUUAACGGUCUCGGAAAGAGAAACACAUCCAUCUCUAUUCUGUUCCCAUGCUUUGGUCAUCGAUAGGCGAUCACUGCUGUGAUCAAUCAAAGCAUCAAGCGCUACAACCACCGGGCUGUGCAUGCCAAAAGGCUGUUCAUAUGGAGAACGAAAUUUCUGCGCCAAACAACAUGGAAGAACUCCACUUGCUUCCUACACCAUUCCGUACACAAAUGCUUUUGUUUUCUUCCUUCGUCUUUUCCUUUCGUACAUCCUUUUGUUCCCCGGACACCAUGAGUAGGUUAAAAAAAUUGACGCUUGAUCAUCGAUCCGUUGUAUUACCUUCGUUUCCAUCGUAGUAUGGCCGUUUGUUGUUAAGUUUGAGUAAAACAUGUUACUAUUUUGACGAGUUUAUGUGAAUUAUUUGUGUGUAUUUAUUAGUUGCCAGCUUCCGCUCGAUAGAGGCGAAUAAAUCAAUCGUGUUCUUUUCAGUAUCUUUUAGUUCCUUUUUAGUUCUAUUUGGUUGUACAUUACGCUAGCACCACCAAACUGUAAGUAGUAGUGUACACGUUUCAUUCGUAUUCGUUCAUUUUUCAUUCACUACAUCGUUUCCCUUUGGUUGUUCAACUGCAAUAGGAUGUAAGACGGAGUGACAAACUAAGAUCGAAAGGCGAAAUUUCAAAAUUCAAAUCGGGGUACCAUCGCAGGGAUGCUACACAAAAACACACUCUGACGGACUGCCAUUUAAAAUUGGCCGUUGGAUUGGUAGCAGAACAUGCGAAAUCAAACAAAAGCUGUAUAUGUAAAACGCCAUGUACAAAGAAUAGCAGUCGAGAUUGAAUGAGUGGAAGAGAGAGAGAGAGAGAGAGAGAGUGAGAGUGAGACGAGAGAGAGAGAGAGAGAGAGAAAGAGAGAUCGAAAGAGCGAGUGAUCGUACACAAAUAAUGCUAGUGCUAGUGAUAAUGCUUUUCCACAAUUCAUCCCUUAAAAAACGAGACAUAAUGUUUAAACAAAUCCAAAUUUAAUCGAUUCUAGAUAAUGACUGUGCUGUUAAUCGAAAAAAAAACAAACAAAAAAAACAACAAUGCAGUGGGUGCGCGAGCAACACAUAUAUGAAGUAUGAGAACGGAAAUGUAACUGACGAGUAAAUACAGCAAAAAAGGCACACGAAAAGAAACCAAACAAACUAACAAACACAGCGAUACAGCUCAAGAUCGUUCAAAAUGAGCGCUACUGAAAUAAAAAAAAAGAAAACCGCUACGAACGCUGCUGUUUGAUACUUCAUAGUGAAACAAUGCGCAAAUUGAUGAACCUCUAACUUGAUUUAAGGCGAAUUCAAUCGAAAGACACAAUCAUUUUAUAAUCAAAACAAAACAAACAAUACAAAAACCAAUGUGUAACCUAAUGGAAAGCUGCAGACAUAGCAAACAAAAACGACGAAGCGAAACGUCUUGUGCAUUAUAAAAUUAAAAGAAGAAAAAAAAACAUGCAAUGACACAACAACAACAAGGACAGCGCGGAAGCGCUUACAUUAGAGCUAAACCAAAACAAAACAAAAAAAGGCAAGCAAAGCAGAAAAGCAGAAAAGCAUCCGGAAGCAGACCGAGCGAAACGGAAAAUUCUCUCCCCGCGAAUCGGACGCUACACCUACUGACAGACGAUAGAUAGUUGAUCCAUACUAAAGAAAAAUCAUUCUAACUGUUUGCUCUUGCUACAUUUAUCUUGCACACCACCCACCCACCCCACACAGGCGGAGACACGGCGGGGGCACGGCAGGGGUCGUGGGUGGGACAGUCGGUUUGUUUUCGAGAACUUCUUCUCGCUAGUCUCGGUGUUUUGCCAGCAAAUGUGCGUUAGUGUGGAUUGCGUUACUACUACUACUGCUACUACUAAUCCUACUACUGUCAUACCUUAGGUCAUCAUUGCUAAACGUCUUUCCUAGUGGGUUUUUUGGUCAUUGAUUGUUAAGGCGAAUUGUUACGGACUUGAUGUAUAAUAAGGCUACACAGGGUGCUUUAGAAAAUCGGUUACUGACUGUUUGUUGCGUGAGUGCCAUUUAGUUUUAGGGAACUCGAACGAAACACAAGGAAACAACAAUAGCUGCUCCUUCCGACGCCCCACUUUCCAUACCUCCCUUUCUCCUUUCCUCCCUUCCUCCCGCUGCUCCAGCACCACUCUUAUACCCCUAUCCGGAGUAGUAAUUUCACACACACAAACAAACACAAACACGCAGAAGAAAAACAUACGCGCGUACUGGAAUUACCACUUAUUAGACUAUUGAAACCAUUAGUAAAAUUAGAAAUCGUGCGGCGGCACACCAUUUUGUGGUCGGUGGGUCUGCCGGUGGAUUCGUUUUUCAUCCCCAUCCUCCCCCAUUCGAGUGGUAUGGUAGUAUGGUGUCUAUUUGCUGCAUUCCUGCACUUGCAUGUUUGAACUCUGUGUGUACAUAGAACUGAUAAGCGAGCUUUUUUCGUACUUAUGAACCGUGCAACAACUGCUGAAACCAGGUGAAUCUUAGUCAAUCAUGUGCUGCUGCUGCUGCUGCUACUACUACUACAACUACAACAACUACUACUACUACUACUACUACUACUACUGCUAGUACUACUACAACUACAACUAUUAUUAACUUACCAAACAUUGUAUGCCGUUACGUGACACGUGACGAAGAAGCGUGAUAACGAACAUGGAUAAGAAAAUGGCGUCGCCUUAUCCUCUAUGAUGAGCAUAGCCGUUUUUGCAAGCUGCAGGUUGAUGUGAGUGAUGUUUAAGCUCUUAUCCGGUAAGGGCAAACGUUUCGUUUCUUGCAGUUUCUGGUUUGUCCUCAUUUGGACAUUGGUUGGCAUCGGUCGGUGGCACAGCUCAAUGUCCAAUUGUUUUGUUUGCUUUCGUUUUCCGCGUGGGAUUAGUAUUCCUGCCUUGCUCAUAAAGAUGGCCUUCGAUCUGCUGGUUCACUAGAACAAUGCUUUCAAUGUCUAUUGCGAAUAUAGCGGAUGCAAUCAAACACACUGUGAUUGUAUCCGGAACAAAGCAUUUGCAGUCUAGCCGUGCAGUGGAAUAAAAAAGCAAAACAAACAAAAAAAGAAGAAAACAUGCAAAACUUAUAGCAAAUCGUUAUCGCACCGACACUUUCCCAUCGUACACUUGCCUCCCUAGUUUCCCCUUAGUGCGGUGAGACCACCGCCUAUCGUGUUGCAAACGCGCGCGGGCGCCAUUAGUCGUCGCGUACUCAGAUAAGUAAAAAGUAAGGAAAAAAUGCAAAAAAAUAAUGAAGAAACUCAUCGUUAAAAUCACCCCCCGCAGCCAUCCAUCCACAUGCAUCCAUCACUCAACAUGUCUAUGCAUAUUUGACCUAAUUAGAUAGCGCCUUAGAAAAGAAAUCGAGCGAAACCGAUUGACCGAUCGAACCGACCGAAGCCCGGCGUUCGGGGGAAGUGUACGCGUACGCGCGCGAGAGCUUCGCGCAUUGAGCGAAUCAACGAUGAUUUAACUGUUGUAAUGCAUUUUGUGAUUUCUACUUCAGUUAACGGCUUCCAUCGUUGAUUCACACGAGUAGUAGUGUAGUGUGUACUGUUUUAGUGAUCGCUUCACAAAAAAGCUUGAAGAUUGCGCUACGAAGUAAGCAGCCUUCACCACCACCACCACCACCACCACCACCACCGCCGCCGCCGCCAACGGUUUGUUAGAUACCGGAACGGCUGCUUAACGGCUGUAAAAUCGUAACAUAAGUAUGACAUAAAUAUUGUGUUCAAAUUGCACUGACCCCCUCUGGGACCUCCGGAAAAAGAGCGGGGCUAGGGCAGCGUCAGCUGAAACAAGCAAGCAUCUGUUUGUAACUGUUCAUUACAAACAUCAUAAUGCGUGACAAAUAAGCAAAGGAAAAGGAACCACUCUCCAAUAGCACAUAACAUAGAAACGAACUCACGACGACGCUGGACGCUACUCAUGGCAAUAGGCAGGCGGCCGGAACAGCCGGCACAAAGAGCUCGAGCUCGUCGGUUCUUCCGAGAUCCGAGUGUUCUAGCUCCCACAACACCACACAACAACCACAACACUUACAACCGGGAUAAGAUAUGAAACAUGGCCAGGCGACGAGGUGUAGUUAAUGCGUGAAACACGUAGUGCGUCGAGCGAUUUAUACUUCUAGACUAGUGUAAUUAAUUUCAUAUACAAUAUAUACAUAAAGCAACAAGCUAGAGCGAGGUGCUGUGGUACGCCGAUAGUCGUCGUGCCCUGCCCCAGCACGCAGCAGCAUGCAAAGUCGUAGCGCGAUAAGUAGACAUAUAGCCAUCUCAGCUAGGCGAAGCUACCCUGAAAAAAAAACCCGCUUCAUUACACUGUGCAUGACGAUACAGUCACCGCCCCGCUACAUUGGGAAUCGAAAUAGCCGUCAUAUUUUCUAAGUGUAUUGAAAGAUGUAAGAUACAAACUUUGUGCUGCCCAUCGUUCAAACUAUGGUGUCCGUUGUUAUCCGUUUAUAAUAAGCCCGUUCCGUUCGCGAGUUCCGUUGCCCCGUGUCUUCCGAGAUGCGGAACAAACCGCCCUGAGAAGAACUGAGCGCGGGGUAGUGUUGUCGGGAGAUGUCGCUGAGCUGCUGCUGCAACCACUCACAUUUCGAAAUGCAAUAGGCAAUGGGGAGCGAUGGCGCCGUGUGGAAGAAAGAAGAAAGAAAAAGACGAAGCAGCAGGACAUAACACAUAAAAAGUACAGUUAACUUAACACAAAUACCAUACACAAACCACAACAGCAGGAAAACAUUAUCACACACACACGCAGCACGCAGAACUCGCAGCACACCGCUGAGCCAGUAUUGUUUCACCCGAUUUGACAUAUUCGAGCCAGAGUGAAACAAACAAACUAAAACCAACGCUAAACAAUUAACAUUGUAUAGAAAGAUGCGAUUUGUGUGCGCGAGCGCGCGUGUUUGUGUGCGAAUCGUCAAGGUUAGAAUCCUGUUUUUAUAGAUUUUUCAAAAAAGUGACAAAAAAUCAUACAAAAAUAACUACUUCUGCUAGAGCGAUAAUUUAGUAAGGUAUAAGGUAUGUGAAAAUGAGGCUUAACACACAUUGUACAUAGCUCGUAAAAUAAUUCUCAGAAAUUAUCCGUGCAUUUUUAGUAAAAAUACACUCUCACACACGUACAGAAACACACGACAUAGGACACAGGAGACGGGAGAAGCGCGAGGCAAUGGACUGGCUAUAUCUGUAAAAAAGUAAUCUAAAAUCUUAAACAGACGAUAGACAUUGGCUUUUUGUUUCAUCUUGCGGGAUUGCGCGCCGAGACACACAGGUACACAGUCAAACAUAAAUACGUAGAGCCACCCGUACGGCGGAAACCGUCGUUAACGUAAAAUACGCCAUCACGCAGCAGUUAGCCGCAGCUUCUAAAGAUACAAGGCUAGGCAAUGGGAUGUUCUUGACAAAAUCAGCUAACGCAAACCGCCUACAGUUGAUAUAGGCCAAACACUGCACACGAAACACACAUACACACUCCAGCACACAGGAAACUAGGCAGUAAAGGACCGGAUUUAUAAAGGCGACACAAGAAGCAGAAAAGACAUAGUGCCACUGCUGCCCUUUCGUAUAUUACUGCACUGUAACUCUCUGCCCCUGCUGUUGGGUAUGGGUUUGUUUUGCUAAUACAAUUUUGUAACGGUCCCUUCACGCGCACCCCUUCGUGUGUAGAAGCUUCGUGCCGAGAGACACGGUGCCCGAGACACGGACAUUUUAAUAAGUACUUUGUUAAGCUAAGCGGACGACGACGCAUUGCUGCUCGGUGUUUACGUUUCGGUUUUUGUUUUGUUUUUUAUACAUGCGUCCUCCCACCCCACAUCUUCUCCCGCUGUUUAGUUUGUCGUUUUUUCCCUAUAAUGACGUAUGCAAGACGCGAUGAAAAAUGUUGUUAACGUUAAACUUAUUGUUAAUUAUAAAAUUCAAUGCAAAGAAAAACCAAAACCAAGAACAAAAAAUGAAAAAGAAAUUGAUGAAUAUAAUAA